AUGGAGGGACGCGCUGAAAAGCAGGAGCCGGGGGACGCGGCGGUCAUCGUCGUGGAGAACGAGGCUGAGAGCAUGCCAGCGCACGAGGAGAAGUCAGGUGCAAGCGGCCAAAAUCACCUGGACACCUGCCCCGUUUGCCACCUGAACUUUCACAGUCGGGAGCCCAAACUUCUGCCGUGCCUGCACUCUUUUUGCAAGAAGUGUUUGCCUCCACCCUCGAGGAAUCUGGCCACGGCAGAGCCGCCGAACUCCCAGGUUGACAAGGCGACCAAACCACUGAACGUGAUCCGCUGUCCGGUGUGCAGGCAGGAGUGUAUGGAGGUGGAUGUGAUGGAGAACGUCUUUGUGAAGGACGCAGCUGAGGCUCCCAGCAGCACGGUGGAGAGGACGGUCCAGCUCUGUAUGACCUGCGAAGACAACACUGAAGCUGCUGGCUUUUGUGUGAACUGUGUCGAGUACCUGUGUGCCACCUGUGUGGAGGCCCACCAGAGAGUCAAAUUCACCAGAGACCACACCAUCAGACAGAAGGCAGAAGUAUCACAAGAGGUCCACGGUGUGUCGGCUCAGAGGCCCAUGUUCUGUGACGUCCACAAACAGGAGCCGCUGAAGCUGUUCUGUGAGACCUGUGACCUGCUAACCUGCCGCGACUGCCAGCUCGUCAAGCACAAGGACCACAACUACCAGUUCCUCGAGGAUGCUUAUAAAAACCACAAACAGCACAUGGAGAACAUGACCCAUCAGCUGCAGGAGAAAAGGAAACUGAUUGAAGAAGUAACAAACUCCAUAAACAACGGACUUCUUCAGGUCGAUCACAACCGCUCGUCUGUUCACAACGAAAUAAAGAAAUCCAUCUGCAGUUUGAUUCUCGAGAUAAACAAGAAGGGCAAGAUGCUAAUUAAUCAACUUGAGGCUGUAACAAAAGAUCACGAGAGCGUCUUGCGAAAACAACAGGAGGACAUCGGCUAUCUGUCCCGACACCUGGAUCAUGUCAUCGGCUUCAGCAAAUGGGCCACUGCCAGGAACGGGGGCACGGCCCUCUUGUACUGUAAACGUUUGAUUCUGUUUCAGAUUGGAAACCUCCUGCGGACAAAAUGUAGUACCUCGUUUGUGCCGCAGACCACUGUACGCUUCCAGUGUCGGUCCUCUUACUGGGCCUCAAAUGUUGAUCUGGGCUCUUUAGUGGUGGAGAGUGUACCAUCCCACCAGCUGGGUGGUUUUCAGGGUAUCCCUCAUCAGCUCUCCCGCCCUGGGCAGGCCCCCUCAGGCUCGCCCCACAGCUUUGCCCUGGGAGCACCCCAUAACACUCUGGCUCAGCUCCAGAUGCAGGUGGACAAGCUAAACCCGCAGGCCCACUGGCAGCCCCAACCACCUCCUCCACCCUGGACAUGGUACCAGAGCGUCCAACUGCAGCGAACCGUCCCGGGGCCCCUGCAAGGAGGCUCUCCCUCCUGCAGCAUGCCUCCCCAAUCAGGCCGCAGGCUUAUGGUGCCUCCUCCCAGCCACGUCAGCCCAACUAGCAGCUUACCGAGCCCUGGGUUUACGCCCCAGCCUCUGAGGGGGGUGGGAAGCAGCUCCAGCUACCAGCCCAAACCUAUGGACGUGUUUUCCUCGCCUCUGUACACCCAUGUAACACCACCGGCCAUCAACGGUGGCAUCAGCUCUCCUCAAUCGCGACACACGAUUGAGCCCACAUAUGUGAACAGGAGGAGUGAUUCAGGCGGUCCAGUAUAUAUGCUGAAACCUAACUAUCCCCAGAGCCUUCCAUCGUCUUUACCACACAGAAACGUGCAAGGACAGCAGAAUUCACCAGGGUACGCUGCUGUAUCCCAGGAGGAGAAACCAGGGACUGUUCCCUGGAAACCUCCAGACACACCCCAGGCUUGUGGGGGUGUGGGCCCAGCUGUCAAAAAAAGACGAAGGCCGUCGCCAGGGCCCGUCAUAGUCAUCAAAGAUGAACCAGAUGAUGAUGGUAGCUAUAUACAAGCAAACCAAAGAGCCAACCUCCCUGACAGCACAGGUGACCAACCCCAAAUCAGCGUCCAAGACGAGGGGAACAAAGUCCCAACUCCUCUUCAGAGCACAGACGACAAGCCCCAUCGUCCUUCGCAGCCUCCGAGCAGCCCACAGGGCCAGAGUAACACUAGUGCACCCAAUCACAUCCGUUCACUGGCGGGUGAACAGCAGGUAGAGCAGCAGCGAGCACCGCAGGAAGACUCAGAUGAAGCCGUGUGUGCUGUGUGUCAGACUGGGGGAGAGCUGCUGUGCUGCGAUAAGUGUCCCAAGGUUUUUCACCUUUCGUGCCACGUUCCAACUCUCCUCAAAUCUCCCAGCGGGGAAUGGUUUUGCUCUUUCUGCCGUGACCCGUUGGUGCCUGAGAUGGAGUACGAAAGCAAACCUGAAGCCAGAACAGUAAAGAAGGAGCCAGAAUCUGAAGGAGGAUUUCCCCCUGAGGACAAACGAAAGUGCGAGAGGCUGCUGCUGCACUUGUUUUGCAGUGACCUGAGUUCAGACUUUCAAGAGCCUGCGUCCCCCUUGGUAUGUGCUAACAACGGGCUGACUAUAAAGGGACCGUUGAAGCUUUCCAGUGUGAAAAAACGACUGGAGGCGAAGCAGAGUCCGUGCUACCAAAGCCCUGCAGAGUUUGUGUCAGACAUCAGGCUCAUCUUUGGGGACUGUGCAGUCCUCAGUGAGGUUGACACCGAGGUCAGGAAGCUGAAGGAGUUGUUUGAAGAGCAUCUGAGGAUCAGCUUCCCCGACCAGACCUUUCCAGAAAUCAAACUGGAGAUGAUACCUCCUGCCCCUGCUGACUCUCAGCUCCCACCUCUUGACAAUAUAUCCCAGCCUGCAAAGCGCCAACGCACAUGCUCAGACUCCCAGGAUACGCCAAGCUGUCCCAGCGGAGAGGAGGCAGUAGCAUGA